AUGACGAAAAUUCGUGACCAUUUCGAUAACACUGCAUUGCAUAAUUUUGGAGGAGGGAAUACAGAUUGGGAAGAACGUUUUCUCGGUAGUUAUUCUGUAAGUGAAACUCGGCUAAACGAAAUCCUGGAGAAAGUUUAUGCUGAAGAACAAUCCUCCACGGCUAAUGGCUUAUUAUCCGACAUCGAAGAAUUUAUUGAGGAUUGGUGGCUAAACAAUCUAAAAACUGGACGUUCAACCAUCGAAGAACUUGAGGAGGCAGUGUGCGUGCAUUCUGUGAAUUUUUGCUGUCCAUGGAACAAGUUUGGAAUUACCUGUGCAGCGUGCCCUGUUUGCUCGUCUUUUGGCGGUUUUUGCGACGGAAACGGUACUCGAACUGGCUCAGGAAAAUGUAUCUGUCGGGACGGUUAUAUCGGGGAAGACUGUAAAUCCUGUAAUACAAGCACCCACUAUGUUGUUCCAGGACCUGAUGGAUCCAGAUGUGAGCCGUGUCAUCCUUCAUGCUUAAAAGGUUGUACCGAUGCUUCUGCUUCAACCUGCGUCGAUUGCAAGGCUGGCUGGAAAGCUGUGCAGUCAAAUGUCUCCAAAUCUGGUAAACAUUGUGUGGAUAUCGAUGAAUGCUCCGAUAACAGCCACAACUGUCAGUCCGGUACUUACUGUGUGAAUACAGAGGGCUCUUUUAAUUGUGAACUCUGUGCUCCAUCCUGUGCCUCCUGUCAUGGACCCACUUCUUCCGAUUGCCUCACUUGCGCCUCCGGAUACCAGCUAUUGAACUCAGAGUGUGUAGACAUAAAUGAAUGUAGCGCAGAUAGCAAUAUUUGUCGAGGCGAGCAUGAAAAGUGUGUGAACACGCCUGGCUCCUAUCGUUGCGACUGCGAAGGCGGCUACACAUUGCGUGCUGGGAAGUGUGUCAAACCAGCACCGAGUAAAAAAGUACCAACUCCUCCUCCAAGAAAGGCCGAUACGCGUCGCCGGGAAAAGCCCAAAAACAGAAUAAUCUGGACUGUUUCAUACACAAUUGAGUUUUUAAAGUUUCUUGGUAUUCUCUGUUUGUUUGGUGUAUUCUUUUACUUUUUUUCAAAACACGUUAUCGUAUGUCUUUCUGUCUCUGUUGUGGCAGUCGCUUACAUCUGUUACCAGAGCAGCGUUUUGGAUUCCAUCUUUAUGGCUCAACGAUGA